AUGGAGGUGGAUGCUGCGCCGCGGCCGACCCUGCACCACCUCACACGGCACUGGCUGCCUGAGGAGGAGCGGGGGGCCAGCGUCCUGGAUCGUUUUGGUGCCAGCAGCCUGGAAGCCGCCCGGCAUGCUGUCAGGACCAUGGGCCAGCGGGAGCUGCGCGCCGCCUUCCAGCGAGUGUACGGGUCCCCCACGCAGAGCUUCAACAACAACUGGCUGCGUCGGAAGCUGUUGGAAGCCCUGGGGCUGCGGGCGCUCACGGCGGGGCGGACCACCCCCAGCGGCGGCCGCCUGGCGGCGGCACGCAACGGCGCGGAGGCGGCCCGCGAUCCCGCGGUGCCCCUGCUGCAGCUGCGAGCGUGGCAGGGCGCGGCGCAGGCCCCGCUGGGGUCUGUCCGCCUGCCGCAGGGGCACGGCUGGGAGGCAGAGCCCUUUGCACAGGCCUUCCCCCAUGCGGCCGGGCCCCAGCAGCAUCCCUUCCAGCCGCCAGGCCCAAUGCUGGAGAGGCAGCAGCAGCAGCAGCAGCAGCAGCGGGACCGGGCUGCGUUCCAGCCGCCGCACGGGCACGAGCAGGAGGCGCGGGGGGGCGGGGCGGGGGCGCCGCCGGCGUAUGCCCCCAGGCCCCUGCGGCGCGUUUACUCGCAUCCCCUGUAG